CCUGCUCCUCUCCCUCUACUUCCUUCACACGAUUCCCAUUUCAAAAAACAGAGCGCAAAAAGAUAUAAGAAAAGCUCCAGAUUUCAAUCUAGGGUUUCUGUUUCUGCGAUUUUCUUCAUCAAUCUCUGUAUUUCUCUGCAAGAUCAAACCUUUCUUUCUUCGAUUCGUUGAAAUCGAUCGUCUUCCUUCAAUCUCGACCGUCCUUUCCCCUUCUUGGAUUUCUCGUCCUGUGCAUGGCAUAUGCUUAUCCGAAUCAAAGGAGGAUCUUGGUGCCUGGACCUCAAUUCGUCGAUCCACGGACUGCGAUCCACCCAUCUGGUUUUCUCCCCACGCCGUUUGGCGUCAUAAACCCUAGUUUUCGGCUCCCGGUCCCGCCCGUCGAGGUUUUAGUUCCAAACGGUCCUCCAGUUUUCGCUCCGGUCCGAUUCGCUUUGAAUCCCGCUGUCUUGAUCCGGAUGGACGAGCAAAGAACACAAUCGCUGCUUCAGUUUAUGGCAAAAGAAGGACUCGUGCCAUCUCCAGAAGAGGAAUCAAAGAGGAGAGACGCGAUUGUGGAGCUUAAGAAGAUUGUAGUGGCAUGGGUAAAGAAGGUAGCUUGGCAACGGCGACUUCCAAAGAAUCAGAUAGCAAGCACUUGUGCAACAAUAUUGACUUAUGGCUCCUAUGGCUUGGGAGUUCAUGGAUCAGAAUCGGAUAUCGAUGCUUUAUGUGUUGGCCCAAUCUAUGCGACAAUGGCAGAGGACUUUUUUAUUGUUCUGCGCAAUAUGCUUCAAAGUAGGCCAGAAGUAUCAGAGCUUCACUGUGUCAAGAGUGCAAAAGUUCCUUUAAUGCGUUUCAAAUUCAAUGGGAUCUCAAUAGAUCUUCCGUAUGCCCAACUUUCAGUAAUUUCGGUUCCUGAGAAUGUGGACAUCCUCAACCCAUUCUUCUUACAGAACAUUGAUGAAACAAGUUGGAGAAGCUUGUCUGGUGUACGUGCGAAUAUACGUCUCCUUCAGCUUGUCCCAAACUUGGAGAAUUUCCAAUCAAUGCUGCGAUGCAUUAAACUAUGGGCUAGGAGGCGAGGACUUUAUUCUCAUUUACUUGGGUUUUUUGGAGGGAUCCACUUGGCAAUUCUUUCAGCACAUAUUUGUCAGAGACAUCCUAAUGCCAGUAUCAGUGCUCUUAUCUCAAUUUUCUUCGAUACAUUUUCUCGCUGGCCUUGGCCCUCACCUGUGACUCUGCAAGAUGGAUCGAUUCCAUAUAGGGAUGUUUCUGAUGGGCGCUCCUUCAUGCCUAUUAUGAUGCCAUGUAGUCCGUAUGACUGGUGCAACACUAAUAUCACAAGAAGCACAUUUAACAGGAUCAGAACAGAAUUCAAUCGCGGGCAUAAUAUGACAAGGGAUCUUGGGAAGCCGGAUUUUGAGUGGAGUGAUCUAUUUGAUCCUUUCCCAUUUACAAAGAGAUACACACGUUUUGUAAGGAUUUUCCUCGCAGCUCCAGAUGAAGAUGAGUUGAGGGAUUGGCUGGGUUGGGUGAAGUCACGCUUUCGAAAUCUUCUUCAGAAGCUGGAGGAAGUUCAGGGAUAUUGUGAUCCCAAUCCUACAGAGUAUGUUGAUCAUGAAGUAGCUGAGCCAAACACUGUAUUUUAUUGGGGUUUAUCACCCAACAGGAGCAGCUUCACCGAUAUUGACUCUGUCAAAGAAGAGUUCAUGAAAAGUGUGGACAACGGCUAUCAAGGUUCUGCUUGCAGGCUCGAACUUUCCAUUGUCAACGCCUCCCAGCUUCCCAAAAAUGCACAAAUCGAUUGGGGGAAUGGAAACAUGUCGAAAGCCUAUUGGAGAAUUUCUGAUUAUAUCCAGCAGAGACCGCCUGUUUAUUCUCAGCAUUUACCGUAUUACUUCGUCGGGUAUGCAGCAGCAGCUACUGAUAGAAGCGAGUAACCGGUUGCCGGGGGUUAAAGCUACAGUAAAAUGAGUGGAUCUGUGUACCCGUGUACCGAGCUUCAGAUUGGCUCUUGAUUAGGUGAUCUUCCUUACUUUUGGGCUUCCAGUAUUUCUUGGAUUGAACGGUCCAGAUGAUUUGUUUUGUAGAAAAGGAAUGGUGCCUAUUCCCCACUGUUGGAUUGGUGGAAGGCACAAUUGCACUAUAGUUCAAAGAGGGCAGAGUGGUGUUUGGGGAAAAAAAAUAUAUUUCAAGGAAUUGUAAAUCGCAUGUAAUGUUUCCAAUUUUUUUGCCAUUUUUUCUUUAUAAAGGUUAACACAAUCAUCUAAAAAAUCUAGGUGGAGGUGCCUUUUGUUCCUCUUGAUUUGUAACCCUCUCUCUCAGUGGGAGGUUUUUCUAGAGCAAUACUGUUUUUUUAUUUGUCUGCCUAGGCGGAGGUAGAGGUGCCUUUUGCAUCUCUCUUGAUUUGUAACCCUCUCUCAGUGGGGGAGGUUAUUUCUGGAGCAAUACUGUUUUUAUUUGUCUGAACAGGUGGGGCUGUUAUAAUACUGAAAAGUUGUUUCUGUAAUCUUGAAUUUGUAGUUCAAUUGAUUCAUAUUCAAUAA